AUGGCGAAGAGAACAAUGUACUCGAGCCCAGUAUCACACAAGACAGCGACAGAAAAGGUCAAAGAGGUCGCCGACAACGUCAACAGGAAGGUUGGCCAAGGCCUCGCAUCUGCCAUUGAAACAGGCGAACACGCCGCGGAGAGCGUCAAGAACGCGACGGGGAUGAGCAGCGGCGAAGCGAAACGGGCUGUCAACGAAAAGGCUACCGAAGCGAAACAGACGGUCAACCAAAAGACGGCAGAGGCAAAAGACACAUUGAACGAAAAAUCGCAGCAGGCAAAGGAGAUCUGGAAUGAAAAGUCGGCAGACGCAAAGCAAAAGGCGAGCGAAACGGCUGAAGAGGCGAAACAAAAGGCCAAUCUUACUGCAGCCGGCGCGCGACAAGCAAAGGAAGAUUUUACUAAAGAAGUCCGCAAGUAG